GAUGACAUACUCUUCACAGAAGGUGAUGUUAGAGGUGAUUGUGUCUGCCAGACAGUCCAGGUUGGCUCAACAGCUAGUGAAGAACAAAUCCCAGUCAGUGGCCUCUAGGCAGUCUCUGAUCAGCAGCUCAGUUGCUUCAGUUGUCCAGGUCCUAAUACAUAUUGUUGUUGGCUUUUCACGUUUAAUGAGCUGUCUGUAUGUGGGUAGCAGAUGAACAAUGUUGUGGUCCGAUCUGCCCAGCGGCGGCCGGCACUUUGAAACAUAAGCACCCGGCACAUUACCGAAACACCUGUCUAGCGUUCUGUCGAGGCGGGUGGGACACGUGACGUAUUGAUGGAGACAGGGGAGCAGCUUACUGACAUCACAGCGGUUGAAGUCACCGAGCAAAAAUACAGGCUGAUCAACUGAUCUUGUUGUCGCUCGAUUAUAUGUGUUUGCUGAGAUGUCUACCUGAUUGGCUGACGGCGCGAUGUCCCCUCUACCAGUAGCGUUGGUCAGCAGUCGGUGUGAUGACUAAAGAUGUUGAACACAAUAGGUAAAGGUUCUCCCUUAAACUUUUGUUUUAAUGAUUGUGGGGUGUGUGAAAUCUCCCUUUUCGUGUGGCCAUCUUUAUGUGAGGGUGGUGUCCAUCUCCAACGCCACCCUACCAACCCCAUCAUUCCCAGUCUCAGGGUAGGAGGCACAAUUUACUGAAACCACGUGAUGCGGAAAAAUUUCGAGAGAUUAAACUGUUUUUGUUACCCGGCUGUAACGACAGACCUGAGGUUCGUCUUCGCCAGGACGGAUUUUCCUGCUGCCAGGAGCUUGCUCUCUCAAGCCGUUGAGCUGUCACCUAAUGUCAGGUUUUGGAGGAAAAAGGAAAUAACAUUGGCGGAGAUACAGUUCCUGGCUACAAUCUGCGCUGGCCAGACGAUCGUAGGUUCCAAAGCAGGUUUCUAGAGGUACAGGUAACAUGACCGCACAAGCCCAGACAUUCUGGUUGCAGUGGGUUGAGGCCGCCUUCCCUGAACUCGACUCUCGCGCCUACUUCCUGCCUCCUGUCUACUUCAACCGCGUGCCGAUGACCAGACACCCGACUGCUGGUCAGAACAUUUUUGUUUUUCAGUCAGCACUUGAACAGGCUGGACAAUAUAACUGCCAUGUAGUGAAUCCACCCGCUUCCGUUGGCCCAUCCAUUCCUCAACCUCGUCUCGUUUAUGACAGUGACAUCAGAGACGAUGCUGCCAUGCAGCGGGUGCUGGUUUGUGUACAGAAAAUGGCGGAACAGAACGGAGAAGUUUUAGUCGGGAUGACCCAGCUUCAGUUUGGACAGUACCUGGGGGAACCUUGUUACGCUGCUGCAGCUGCACAGCUCCCCCUACCCGCCAACUUACCACCUGCUCUACCGCGGAAAUGGAAACGUGGAGACUUUGAUGUGCUUCUGAUUCACCGACAGUAUGGCCUUGUCACCUGUGAGGUGAAGGCUUUUGGUGACAACGUGAAGGCACUCAACAUGUCACAGCAUGAUGUAGACAAAAUAAUAAGAAAGAAGCUAAAACAGGCCGUAGAACAACUAAACAAGGCAAAGGCCAUGUUGUCACACCUUGUGUCCGACAUCGCUCCCGGUCUGCGAAUCACCAGAACCUUUGCAUUUCCGAACAUCACAGCUCAUCAGCUGCAGCAAGCUGUCAGUGGCGACACCCACCUGACUCAGGAUCUCUGUCAAUGUCUGGGAACAACCGAUCUCGCCGAUGUUACUGGUCUGUGUCUGUGCUCUGAUAACCUCUCUGACCCCAAGACACCUUGGGACGUUAGCAGUCACGUGCUGAGGGAACUCGGGAACUGGUGGCAGCGCCGUGUGGCUGGGGCUGGGGCUGAUAGUCUCCUGACCAGUUCCUUGUACAAGACAUUAGUAGCUAGGUUCUGUGGUCCGGCGACAUCUGUGACAGUUCCAUGCACCAGUCCACCCCGUCUCAGUCUCAAGACUCUACACCAGGCCGUGUCGUUGACGGGGGAGUGCUACAGUACACUAAUAACACUCUUCCCGGAACAAGUUGACCUGCUGAACACGGGUCCUCCCAGACUGUUCCUGUCCGGACCACCGGGCACCGGCAAAAGUGUGCUGCUGCUGCUGAAGGGGAGACAAUGGCUGAGAUGUGGCCACGUGGUCAUGAUUGUGAGUACAGGCAGGUGGAGUCGUGCAGCAUGCUGCAUGCUGUAUCAUCUGCUGAAGACAGACGAGGUGACACCUGGUCAGCUUUGGCUCUUGCAGUAUGAUUUUACACGUGAGGACGAUGUGUUGCAGGCCAUGAAUGACAUGUUACAGGCAGUUAAAGAAGGAUCAUUGUACAUCCUCGCUGAUGAAGCUGGCUAUAAGGGAAGCCCAGAAAAAGUCUUCCCUGCCGUCUUCGAAGCGAAGCUGGGACAGGUCCCUCGUCUCCAUCUUUGGGCAGCAAAUUGUUAUCAUAAAAAUAUUCCUCCCGGCUGGCAAGUGGAAUACUUGACCAGACCUCUCCGCUUUCCGCCGGCUGUCGUCAGGGAGGUGGAGCAGGACAACGAAAUCACCGGUGACCGCACUGUCCACGAGUACAGUGAGCGGGGUGUGCCCGACCACACAGACGGCCCGCCAGUCAAGCGACUGUAUCACAAGGGUGAUGGUCACUCAGGUGCCUCGCCAAACGAAUGUGUCGCUUGUGGUCGUGAGGUGGGCAGCUUCCUACACAGUCUGUGUAUUGGUGUUCCUGUGAAGUCCACGACAUCAUCCACUACCGUCAUUCCAAGCGGUGACAAUGCAACCCCACCCGGCUUGCAGUGGAGAGAUGUGCUGGUGUUGUCUCUUGACGACCCAACUGCCGACUCGGGUAUGGUGACGGGGCUGAUAGCAGCGGGUAUUCCAGUUCAGGUGAUGACGGAUGAUGACAUGGAAAACGUGGCCAUGGCCCGCAGUGACGUGGUGUGGGCGGCGGGUGGAGAUCGUGUUCGUGGUCUGGAGAGAAAAGUCGUUGUGUGUUUACAGACUGGUGGUGGGUCUGUCCGACUUCUCAAUAUGUCCCGGUGUACGUCACAGCUUGUGAUUGUCUUCCCUAACAACUAGAAGCCUGAACUAACACACUAGUCAUGUUGCUUGUUCUAAUUUGUUUCUUGCUUUCUUAAACCAACAUCUGUCUGGCUCUGUUUGAACCCGUCUAGGCGCCAUCUUACCACUCGUAAAGCGACACAGUUUUAGAAUGCUCUGUAAUUAAAAUGCGUAUGAACCUGAUAUGUAAUUGGCCACAGAACAGCGAGAAUCAAGAUGUUCAGCAGCGGGAUUCAAUCAAGGAAUGGCAUCGUCGACAUAUCUGAGCGUUGAGCAUCUAUAGCAGGGUAGAUGACUGUCAGAGAAUAAUGAGCAGGAAGUGCCGAGAACGUGUGUGUGUGUGGUUGUUGAACCUGGGACAUCCACCAAACGCACUGGCUGCUGAGAAUGCUGUGAAUCACAACCCGACUGCGUGUAAUAUAAUUGUGCACAUAAUUUACAACAUCAAAGACUUCAAAAAGGUUUUUGAUAAAGUCUAUCACGAAAGGCUGUGGCAUGUGAUGCGGAAAUUCGUAAUCAAAGAGGGUCUUGUCCAAGUCACCGAAGCGUUGUAUAAUAGUUCAGCAUUGCUGGCUGACUAAAUAGGACUUUUCUUUGACAGUAAGUAUCCAUCAAGGGUGGGCCCUACCACUAGUGUCGUACAACAUCCUUUUGGAGAAUAUCACGCGCGAAACCCUCCACAGCCAUCAGUUACAAUAUCAGGUCUGCUUCUAAAUACAAGUUUAAUAAAGCCUUUUGUAUAUAGUACCGAUUGUGCUUUAAGAAUGUUAGAGGUGGAUUCUUUGUACCGAUAUCAGAGAGCAGAUGUCACCAAGUACUUUCGAUGUACACGAUUUUAUUAAUAAAUGUGUAGCAAAACAGGCUUGUAUACACGCAUGUGUGUGUGUGUGUGUGUGUGUGUGCUAAAAACCUGUACAUCUAACAUCAUGUACAUCGUGGUUAUAAAGGGGAGACAACAGGUGUUCUCUCAGUCAUGAAAUGCUAGCACGAAGUUUUCCUGACAGACUUUUCAGAAGAGGAAGCUGUUGGAAAGAAAACAUAAAAAAAUUCACUUUUCUUAGAAAAUCCAACGGCUUUCUGUAGACCUGAAGCCUUGUUAAUUCGUUCAGGGUGUGUGUUUGCGUGUGCCAGUCUAUAAGAUGUGUGUGCAUACAGGUAUGCGAGCGCACAUACAAGCAAGUCGGUCAGCUGUUAUAUUAACCUAGCACAUUAAAGUAUACACGCACAAAUACCCCAGAAUGCAGUGUAAAUGAAAGAAAAAUUUAGAAAAACUAGAAUACAGGUCAAAUAAUGAACGCUUGCACUGAAAACCAACUCGCUAUAUCAACUUCGACGAUCACAUUUACCAGUUAAACUAUCUGAGGCAUUGUGUUUUUGUUGACAUCAUGAAAGCCAAAUUAAAAGUCGUUGUGCGCAUGCGUCGCAAAAGUCCGUUCAAAGAAAAAAUGGCGUCCGGGUUUGGAUCUAUAAAAUCUCUCUUGCCUCUUUGCCGUAAAAUACCACCGGAAUAUGUCACGCCAACCUAUCUACCCGUCAUUCCCAGUUUCAGAGAGGGAGACACAGUACACUGAGGCCACGUGAUGCGGAAAAAGUUCGAAAGAUGAAACUGUCUUCGUCAGCCGGCUGUUACGACAGACCCGUGGUUCGUCCUCGCCACGACGGAUUUUCCUGCUGCCACAGGGAAGCCGCUGUUGCUCUGUGUCAGCUAAUGCCAGGUGAUGCUUGACUCUUAUAGGUGCUGAAAGGCCCUGUGUCGGUGUCUGGGAACAACAGAUCCUGCCGACAUCACUGGUCUGUGUCUCUUCUCUGAUCCCCUGUCUGACCCCAAGAACUCUGGAACUGGUGGCAGCGCCGUGUGGCUGGGGCUGACAGUCACA